CAAGACAGUAGGAACCAAGUCGCAAUGCUCAUAUGAACUUGCUGAGCUGGGGAAAGUCAAUGAUGUAGACUCCUCAAUGUGUCACUGUGCUGACUUCUCAACAUGCAGACGGACCUUACAGACCCUGACUUGGUCUGAUGGGACAGCUCUGGGAGGUGGUUGGCGGUGCUACUGGAGGGGGCAUUCUGGUACGGGAAGGCGAGAAACUUGGUUCAGCAGAACUGCCCCAGCGCCUCUCGACUGGUGCAAUCAUUCGCCAGAAGGAGCUAAAAGGUGAGCGACUCUGCUUUGACCUUGUUUGUGGCGAUGGGCCAACUACUGGCUGGGUCAGCCUCAAACUGAAGGGACGGGACUUGGUCGUACCCUACAAAGAUGGUGCGCCUUUUUGGCUAAAACCAAGCCGGGUAAAGGGCCGUGUCCUUUUCUUGUCUAUCCCCUGGAAGGGCCACAUUGUACACUUGCGACGAAUAGGCCAAUGGUUUUUGGGGCGUCCAAACUACCAAAUGCACUUCGCUUGCAUGCAGGGGGACAAGGAUGAGCUGGAGAAGUUGGGCUUCGAGGUGCAUGCCACAAACGAUGAUGAGAACAUUUGCUCAGACUUCUUCGCGGUCAUAGAGGAUGGCUUCCGGGAGAUUGUGCGUAGCUCCGCCACUGCGCAAUCUCAGGGUGGGAGCACAUUGUGGCUUCAUAUUGUAAGGCAUUUGGCGGACUUUGCAGAUAAGAAGCAGGACCCAAUGGCAUCUUUCUUGUCCUUCUGCUUUCGCGUUCUUUGUAUCGUCAAGCCAGACGUCGUAGUGUGCGAUGGUUUUUGCACAAUGAAUAACCUGGUGCCGGCUUGGUGCGAAGCUGAAAACAUCCGGCUGCUGCCAGUGCAUUCGCCAGGUAUUCCAGAGGACAUGGAGAAGAAUAUGGAGAAAGAGGGAGAAUCUAUUGAAACUCAGAGGAAGAUCCCACGAGAGAUUGAUGCAAAGGCUAUGGGGGUGUCCGUGGAGGUGAUCAAAGCCUUGGAGCAGAAAGUUGAUCCAAGUCAGAUGCCACAGGUGAAUUCAAAUGAGCUUACUCUCAUGGGGCUGAUGCUCACUGUUGGCAGCCUGCCACCAGAGAUGGUGGGUUUCAUGACAGCACCGUUGGCAAAGAAGCUGAAAGUUCCCAUCAAGGUUGCCAGUACUAUCUUGAAGAACUUGAAGACAGAUAACUAUGUUGCUGAGAUCUAUGCGAGCACCAGGAGUGUUGUCGGCCAAAAGACGUCGAAGGAGCGGGUCCUUUUCUGCAGUCCUUUGCUACCUCUCCCAAAGCCUCUGGAGGGUGGCCGGCUGCAAAGAGACCGCGAGAGCUUUGAGGCCACAGUGGCACCCAUUGAAAAGGAUCUCUUGGAGUGGCUGUUCUGCAAAGAACAUACUUCUCCUAUAGUUUAUGUUGCCUUCGGAAGCAUAGUGCGACCGAGCAAGGAGAUGAUAGAGAAGCUGGCCAAAGCGCUAGAUGGCGAUAGUUGGAGGGUUCUUUGGGUUUUGCCUCAGGAGAUUCAGAGUUUUCUUCCAACAGACAGGCCCAAUGCACGCCGCUGGCGGGUGGAAGCCUUUGUGCCCCAGGCAGAUGUUCUGAAAUGUGAGAGGAUCAGAUGCUUUCUGAGUCACAUGGGCGCGAAUAGUACCACUGAAUCGUUGGUUUGUAGUGUUCCUAUGCUUUGCUGCCCUUUCUACAUGGAUCAGUUCGAGUGGACUUGGACAGUCUGUGAGCACUUGGGAGCAGGGUUGCAGAUCGGCAAAGCCUCCAGCAUCGAAGAGAUUCAACUCAAACUGCGAAGGUUGUUGGAUGAGCCGCAGUUCACCGAGCGGGCUGCGUGGAUCUCGCAAGUCAUGCGUUCACAGGCGGAAGGAAUGCUUAGCAAGCUGGGGCCUGAUAUGGAGCCACCUGAAAAUACUCCUUUGGGCGUGGGUGCAUCAGUUGCAGCAGCGGUUAUUCUUGCAUCUUUAGUCAAGGAGCACUGCGUAUGUGCUCUGAAGAACGCCGUCAUUGCCAAACUUGAAGGUGACUCCGGAGGAAACAUGGAACUCGCUGGACAAGGUCUAGCUGCGACCCGUCCGGGAAUAAGCUGCAGCUUCCUACAGCAAUUUUGAAGGUCAUCGUGAGGUUCUUCAUCAUUCUUGUCCUGUGGACUCCGCUCCACGGUCGUGGUGAUCCUCUCCGGCCUGUACUCUGAGCUUGACGCCGUCCUUGGUCUUGAGCUUUGUUGGAUCCAGGUGGUUCACCUUCUGGAAGUCUAUUCCAUUCACGAGCAGUCCUGUUCGAGGUGCUGGGUGUUCAACUGACUUGACCGGCCUGCUGUCCCUGAAGACGGCCAACUUGCCGCUGAUCUCGUCCUUGACAAAUACUCUUGGCUCGAUCUUUGGAAUCGGUUGUCCAUUAGUGGUGGUGUUCCCAUUGGUCCCUCCAUUGGAUCCCGCUCCUUGCGCCUCCUCUUCCGACAUGGCAAUUGCCGGAUGGAGUGAUGAAAACUCAACAGAAAAUGGGGAUGCCCUGCAUACCAAAACCCUAGGAUCAGACCCAUCACCCUAUGAUCUAUCCUAGACAUCCUACCAAUCUGAAUGACCCUUGGCCUUGUCCAGCUUGAGCCACCGUUUUGGUGGAUGGGCUUCAUGAAGCUGAUGGACCAUGUUCAUUCAUUGAACACCCACAAAUAACACACAUAUAUAUAUAUAUACAUACACGAUAUGUAUAGUCAUUGAUCCCAAGAUUAGAGGCGUAUCCGUUGACGGAACGUUUGACUUUUCCAAAGCAUGUUGUCAAUCUACGCUUGUUGAGGUUACUGUAUAUCUCCGUGAGUUCAAACAGACUGCGUGUUGGACUGCGUUGUGAGGCUGUAGAAGAGACCACCAAGGCAGCUGAGGCGGCAGUUCCCAAGCCUUAAUUGCAGGAGCUUGAGUUUGGCUACAACACUUGAGAAGGUCUAAGCGGCAAUAUGCAAACUUGCAAUAAUGCAAAAUCAUCCUGAGAAUGGAAGGAUAUUCGACUCCCGGCAUGGGUGGACCUGCAGAGUUGCCAUGUCCUCCGAAGGACAAUGGAGCAAGCCCCUUCUGACUUGGCUAUAGUUGUGUAUUCAGAUCAGUUUGCUUGCCUCUCCGUUUGAAGGCGGCCUUGGUUGAAGAAUCCUGGAGGUUGUGUAGUGUGGUUUGUGUAAAUGAAGCUCAAUAUACCUCCGAUCCAUCGCUUCAUUCGAAGAAGCAAGGUGCCUAGGUGCCCUAGCGUGACUCGCUUUUCUGGAAAAGGCUGUGUGUAGGGAAGUUGUGACGGAUUAAACUGCUGCAAAGGUGAUAUUAGGUUGAAAAACCUCGCAGCAAGGUUUGCUGAUCGAACGGUAGGCGUGUCCAAAUGUAC